CAAACUGUUGGCGUCGUGGCCAACAGUGAGCAUUGCUUCACAUCACAUUUAUGUUUCAGCUCCUCCUCUCUACUUUCCUCGGACAACAGCCCUUCUUGUGUCGGCGGAAAACAACAUGACAGACGUUGCCGUCCAAUCCGACGGAAGAAGCGGCGGGAUUGUGAUUAACGAUGACUGGCCAGGCUACAGUUUAGACCUCUUCAGCUAUCCAGCACACUACUCCGGAGAUUUAGACUGUGUCAUGAUUCCGCAUGGCGUGAUUAUGGACAGAACCGAACGUCUGGCCCGAAACAUCAUGGACGACCUGGGGGACCAUGACAUCGCUGUGCUGUGUGUGCUGAAAGGAGGCUACCAGUUCUGUGCCGACCUGGUGGACAGGAUCAAGGCUCUUAGCCGCAACUCCAACCGCACAAUCCCCAUGAGGGUCCACUUCAUCCGUCUCAAGAGCUACCUGAAUGACCAGUCGACAGAGGAUCUUCACAUACUAGGAGAAGAGGAUUUGUCUUUUUUGGCUGGAAAGAACGUACUGAUUGUGGAGGCCAUUGUAGGCACCGGAAAGACAAUGAAGACUCUCCUGAAGCAUGUUGAAGCCUUCAGGCCCAAAAUGAUCAAAGUAGCAGGAUUGCUGGUGAAGAGAGUGCCACAUAACUCAGCAUGUCUUCCUGACUAUUUUGGCUUUGAGAUACCCAAUCGGUUCGUGGUUGGAUAUGCUUUAGACUACAAUGAGUAUUUUAGAGACCUAAAUCAUAUCUGUGUGAUCAGCGAAAGUGGGAAGAUGAAAUACAAGAUUUAAAAGAAGGACACUGUCACAGUCAAGAGAAGAAAGCGACUGUCACACGGAUGCCAUCUCAUAGCAAACCUAAACUUUUUCCCUGAGAUGCCAUUCACUUACAGCUGCUAUCGUGACAUUUGAUCUCAAGCAUCCCGGUUUGGUCAUAACAUUCCUUCUAUGAAACUGUAUCUGUUUUAACAAUAGACAAUGGUAAAUUUUAACAAAGCUAGCUUUACUACGUUUUAAAGUUUCCACACCUUAUUCUUCGGGUAUACAGAACUGAUUCACAUGUUUAAUGCUAGGGCACUGCUACUGUUUGACUCUAACACAAAUGCGCCUCAGUUGGAUGCAAUGUAAAGAACUUGAUCAUCAUGCACUGUGUGAAUGUUAUAGAUGUUUUUAAGUCACUGUGAAGAAGCAACAACGGAAAGGGAGCUGUUUUUUUUUUUAGGAAGCUAAUAAUAGUUUUAUUUUUUUUCACCUGUUCAUUGCGUUUUUGGUGUUUCAUUAGGUAGUUCUACUGCUGUCAUCUUUAAUGCCAAGGGGCAAACAAAGUUGUUUUGUGAACACCAAGUGCGCUAACUACCUCUUUUCGUUUUUUUAGUAUUUGAAAUGUAGCGGGAUACUUUUGUUAUUUCUGUAUUUCCUUUUAUGAUUUAACACAUCAAUAAAGUAUUUUUAACAUUU